AUGUCGCUAACUCUGGACCUGCGCUAUCUGGAUGGCCUCACCGGGAAUAUGGAGAGGGUGAUCAAGGCCAAGCUGCGAGGUAAGCCGGCAGAAGAGGUCUUUCCUCUUCGUCGUAGCCAUAAUCUCUCCCCUCCUCACCGCAACAGCAUAGAUCCACUCGGCGAUGCUCGCCAAAACAUGUCGUUUUCAGAGCAUGAACCGGCACAUGAAUGUGACCGAAUCGCUUCAGCGCUUUAUCCAAUU